CCUCGUGUGUGUGUGUGGCAGCUCUGCUAACGAGUUCACAGGCCAUGAAGUGGUUUUUGCUGUUCAUGGUGGCCCUUGGACUGGGCCUGGCCGCGGCCAGCAUCAGCUCCAGCUAUCACUACUACCGCCUGCCAACGGCCGUGCGGCCCCAAAAGUACCAACUGAAGAUCCUGACCCAUCUGGAUGAUCCGGCGGAGCUGCGUUUCGCUGGCACCGUCAAGAUACUGGUCGAGGCGCUGCAGAACACCAAGAACAUAACGCUGCACUCGAAGAAUCUGACCAUAGACGAGAGCCAGAUCACGCUGCGACAGAUUAGUGGCGGCGGCGCCGACAAGACGGACAAUUGUGUGUCCUCGACGGAGGUGAACUACGGCCAGGACUUUUAUGUGCUGAACACGUGCCAGGAGCUGCUGGCCGGCAAUGUCUACGAGCUCACGUUGCCCUUUGCCGCCGAACUGAACAAACAGCUGGAGGGUUACUAUCGCAGCUCCUACAAGGAUGCCAAUACCAAUGAGACAAGAUGGCUGUCGAUCACCCAAUUCGAAGCGGCCUCCGCUCGUCAGGCGUUCCCCUGCUUCGAUGAGCCCGGCCUAAAGGCGACCUUUGUGGUCACCCUGGGUUUCAACAAGAAGUACACCGGUCUCAGCAAUAUGCCAGUGAAGGAAACCAAGCCACACGAAACGCUUGCCGAUUACAUUUGGGUGGAGUUCGAUGAAUCGGUGCCCAUGUCCACCUAUCUGGUGGCCUAUUCCGUCAAUGAUUUUGCGCACAAACCGUCCACGCUGGCGAACAGCCCACUGUUCCGCACCUGGGCUCGCCCGAAUGCCAUCGAUCAGUGCGACUAUGCGGCCGAGUUCGGGCCGAAGGUGCUGCAGUACUACGAACAGUUCUUUGGCAUCAAGUUCCCGCUGCCCAAGAUCGAUCAGAUAGCCAUACCCGACUUCAGUGCGGGCGCCAUGGAGAACUGGGGCCUGGUCACCUACAGGGAGAUCGCGCUGCUCUACUCGGCGGAGUACACCUCGCUGGCGGACAAGCAGCGGCUGGCCAAUGUGGUGGCCCACGAGCUGGCCCAUCAGUGGUUCGGCAAUCUGGUGACAAUGAAGUGGUGGACGGAUCUCUGGCUGAACGAGGGCUUUGCCACGUACAUCGCCAGUCUGGGCGUCGAGAAUAUCUAUCCGGAGUGGCGUUCGCUGGAGCAGGAUGCGCUCUCCAAUCUGCUGGCCAUCUUCCGCAAGGAUGCCCUCGAGAGCAGUCACCCGAUCUCGCGACCCAUCGAAAUGGUAUCGGAGAUAGCCGAGAGCUUCGAUCAGAUCUCGUAUCAGAAGGGUUCGUCGGUGCUGCGCAUGAUGCACAUGUUCCUCGGCGAGGAGUCCUUCCGUGCGGGUCUGCAGUCCUACCUGCAGAUGUACUCCUACAAGAACGCCGAGCAGGACAAUCUGUGGGAGUCGCUGACCCAGGCGGCCCACAAAUACCGUGCCCUGCCCAAGAGCUACGACAUCAAGAGCAUCAUGGACUCGUGGACACUUCAAACGGGCUAUCCCGUGAUCAAUGUCACGCGCGAUUAUACGGCGAAGAGUGCCAAGCUCACCCAGGAGCGUUAUCUGCUCAACACUCAGAUCUCGCGCGCCCAACGCGGCGGCUGCUGGUGGGUGCCGCUCAGCUACACGACCCAGGGGCAGCAGGACUUCAACAAUACGGCGCCCAAGGCCUGGAUGGAGUGCGGCAAGACGGGCGAGAGUCUGCCCAAGACCAUACAGGCUCUGCCCGGUGCCGACCAGUGGGUGAUCUUCAACACGCAGCUGUCGACGCUCUAUAAGGUCAACUACGAUGCGCACAACUGGAAGCUGCUGAUCGAGACCCUUACCGGGGGCGAUUUCGAGCGGAUUCAUGUGAUCAAUCGGGCGCAGCUGAUCGACGAUGCCCUGUACCUGGCCUGGACCGGCGAGCAGGACUACGAGAUUGCCAUGCGCUUGAUCGAGUAUCUGCAGCGGGAGCGCGAGUAUCUGCCCUGGAAGUCUGCACUCGAGAAUCUGCGGCGUGUCAGUCGCAUUGUGCGACAGACGCCAGAGUUUGAGUUUUUCAAGCGCUAUAUGAAGAAGCUGGUUACGCCCAUUUAUCUGCACUUGGGCGGCCUCAACGACACCUUCAGUGGCAUACAGCAGCAGGAUCAGAUAUUGCUCAAGACCAUGGUCGCCAAUUGGGCGUGCCAGUAUCAGGUGGCCGACUGUGUGGCCCAGGCGCUGCAGUACUAUGGCAACUGGCGAUCGGAGCCCGAGCCCGAUCAGAAGAACCCGGUGCCCAUCAAUCUGCGGGGCACCGUCUACUGCACCGCCAUUCGGCAUGGCAGCGAUGCGGACUGGGAGUUCCUGUGGGCCCGCUACAAGAACUCGAAUGUGGCUGCCGAGAAGCGGACCAUACUGACGGCGCUCGGCUGCUCGCGGGAGGUGUGGGUGCUGCAGCGGUUCCUGGAACUGACCUUCGCGCCCAACGAGGCCAUACGCAAACAGGACUCAAUGUGGGCCUUCCAGGCGAUCGCCUUCAACGAGGUGGGCUUCCUGCUGGCCAAGAAGUACUUCAUGGACAAUGUCAGCUUCCUGCACAAGUUCUACUAUCCGCUAACUAAGGAUAUGGGCCGCCUGUUGACGCCCCUCUCGGAGCAGGUCAUCAGCCAGAGCGACUUCAAUGAGUUCAGGCACUUUGUGCUGAUGUCACGCGACUCGCUCAAGGGCGUGGAGCAGGCCAUUCAGCAGACCCUCGAGACGAUGCUCACCAAUGUGCAGUGGAAGGAGCGCAACUACCACCAAAUGUCGCGCUCCAUACAGAAGCUGCUCUAAGCCCCCAGACCCAUCCCAGCUCUCAUCAGCUCAUUGACGAAGGAAUCUCUUCAGUUAAGCAGGAAUACGAUAUAUAUUUAGAAAGUCCUCUAAUAAACUAUUUAAUACUA